AUGAAGUCCGAAUCAAUAACCUCCACUCCUCAGGUCAGUUGUUUAGAUCCUCUCGAAUUGAUCGAUUAUACCGAAUACGAAACGGUAUCAUAUCACUCACCAUCUCUCUCACCCUCUUCUUCCAAAUCACAAUUCGUCCCAACUUCCGUAAGAUCGUCCGCCGUAUCUACACCCACUACAUUACCUUCAUCAAAUCAACCAACGCUUUCCGGUCCAAGUCAUCAAUACGAUCUCUACAGACAGCAGACUGGUAUUCCACAAGGUGCUAUCGCAAAUACUUUGGCAGUCAAUGAAAAUAAUGGUCACAUCAACCGAUACAACUUUCAAGAUCCUUCAUACUUCUCUGCCAUGAGUCCAAGUGAAGAAUUUGUGGAUUUUGGAACGGCUCCAUCUCGCACACCAUUUCAUCCAUCAGACGUGGAAAUGGAACAAGAUCCAGCCUUCUUCUACCCAGAACAAAACUUUGUUGACCCAAGUAACAUGGGAUCUCAAAACUUACCCGUCGGAAACGUACUCCCAACACAAUCUAGUCACGUCGGUCGUCUUUGGCCUGGUAUGCAUCAACAGCAAGCUGCUCUUGCAAAAGCUCAAGCACAACAAAAGCAACAACAAGCUAUCAUCGCACAACAACGUCAAAAUGCUAUGGCGGCAAAUGGCCAACAACAAAGACAACCACAACAACCACAACAGCAACAACGUUCAAGAGCACACACUGGUACCGACCCUCUCGUCGAGGAAAAGAUCUCUCAACUACUCAACUCGAUGAGACAAAGCAGUGUCGUUACCGAAGGUGAUGACGGAAAUUCUCAAAAUAUGACACACGUUCACCGUAUGCGAAAGGAAGAAGAGGAUAUGGAUGAAGAUGAAAGAUUAUUGGCUAGUGAGGAAGGAAAGAAACUUAGUAGCAAGGAGAGAAGACAACUUAGAAAUAAGGUAUCAGCUCGUGCUUUCAGAUCAAGAAGAAAGGAAUACAUCAGUCAACUCGAAGGAGAAAUUGCUGUCAAGGUUAAUGAGAAUAUGGAUUUGAAGUCGCAAAACAGAGCUUUGAUGGAGGAAAAUACUCGUCUCUCAGAUCUUACAAGAAUGCUUCUUUCUUCACCUGCAUUCUCUGGUUUCCUCGAUACUUUAUCUUCCAACCCCGCUACUCAACAAGCACCACCUCCACAACAACAAGCUCCUAUUCAACACGAACAACCAAGACAAGUCAGAAAGGAUGUUAACCCAUAUGGUGCUCAACAACACAUGCAACAACAACAACAUAUUGGUAUGGUCAUGAUUCCAGAACAAGCUAUGGAUUUUGCUAUGCUUGAUAUCAAUGCCGAUGGAUUUGGUUAUCAACCACAAGUCUAUUCCGUUCUUUCUAUCCCAGAAACGGUUAUCGAUUCAUCAAUCCUCUCCGGAAAAUCUUCAAACCUCGUCGAUUCAUUACAAUCUGAAGACGAGAAGGUAGAACUUCCAAUUGUGGAACGUAAACCAGUCCACGAACUUGCACCAUCUGCUAUUGUUGAGGAAAUUGUUGAUGAAGAAUUUGAUGCCGAUCCAGCAUUUGCUCUUUUCGCUGAAGAUACCUCAUCAACACCAUCAGCACCUUCCACUGACUUCAACUUCGAUAUCGACUUCUCUACUCUUGGCCUUAACAAGCCUUCUCAAUUUGAACUCGUCGUUCGUGAUAUUGAAAGCGAAAAAUUAGUUUCAACUAAUGCUUUCAAUAGAGCAACCAGGUUAUGUAAUAACUUGGAUUCGAUGAUGGAUAGAUUAGAAGCAAUGUUCUUGUAA